CACCGGGCAGCACAGCCAUGGAGCCCCUCUCCUUCCAGGAAUACAUCUGUUCCCUGGACCCCACCACCCUGCCCCGCAUCCUCAGGAUUUGCUCUGGUGUCUACUUCCAAGGGUCCGUGUAUGAGAUCGCAGGCAACGAGUGCUGCUUGGCCACAGGUGACCUGCUGCAAGUCACGGCCAUAGAACUGCAGAAGGUCAUCUGUGAGGACACGGAGACAGGGCAGACAACGGAGCUGCUAUCGACAUUUCAGGGUCUUUUCCAGCCUGCGCCAGCCCCAGGAACGCACCGGGCACCGCGGGAACAGCUCCCAGAGGGCGGCAGCCAGCGGGGGCUGACCCUGCGCCAGGUGCUGGGGCAGUGGGACGGGCGGCCGCAGCCGCUGCUGUGCCCCGCGAUCGGCCCGCACAUCCUGCUCCUGCAGCCCGUCUACGAGGUGCGGGCCGCCAUGCAGCUGCGGCGGGACGCGGUGAGGAUCCCCUCCACGCUGGAGGUGGAUGUGGAGGAUGUCACGGAGCAGGCCCAGCACGUCCGCUUCGCCCGGCCGCUGCUGCUGAGCGACCUGCUGCGCAGGGAGGAGCUGCUGCCCACCCAGGCCGAGGUCCUGGAGGCUCCGCCCGGCCCCGCCGCCUUCCAGAGCCCCUGGCUGUCGCGGCUGCGGCGGGGGCAGCUGCUGCAGCUCCACGGCCGCUCCGGGGCCUGGCGGGUCCUGGCCUCGGCCCCCGGCAGCCGCCGCCACUUCCUCCUCUCCAGCGCCUACGGGGGCCGGUUCCGGCGGCGGCCGCGGCAGUUCGCGGGGGUGCGGGAGCUGGCGGGCGGGCUGCGGGCCGGGCAGGGGCUGCGCGUGGUGGUGACCCGGGACUGCGAGGCCCGCGGCCGCCACGGGGCCCCGCUCGGGCUGGGCGACCGGCUGGAGGCGCGGGGGCUGCGGGGCAGCGGCCCCGGCACCCGGCUGCUCUGCCGGCGCCUCGGCGAGGAGGAGGAGGAGGAGGGCGAGGAGCUGCUGCUGCCGCUGGACCUGGGCGGCGGCUUCGUGGAGGAGACGAGCGGCAGCAAGAAGUACGGGCUGGCGGAGCUGCUGGCGCGGCAGCCGCUGCCCUGCGAGGUGCGGGUGGCGGCCCCGGACCCGCAGCUGGAGCAGGACGAGCUGGGGGCCCUGCCCGCCCUGCGCCUGGAGGCCCGCCUGGAGCAGCCCUUCCUGGUGGGCAGCUUCUGCCAGCGGCCCCAGGAGGGCUUCGAGAUCCCCCCGCGCUGGAUCGACUUCCCCGUCGUGCUGCGCGAGGGGCCCGUGCAGCCCCCCGGCCCCUGCACCCGCCGCUCCCGGGUGGAGGAGCUGACCGAGACCUUCUACUACCAGCUGCUGGCCCAGCUGCCCGGGGGCUCCGUCCCGCCGCCCCCCCGGCCCCCCAAGCCAGCCCAGGCGGGGACCGGCCCCGGGGAGCGCCCCUCCGCCCGCGGCCCCCCCGCCCCUGCCGCCGCUCCCGCCCCGGCCCAGCCCCCACGGCCAGGACGGCCGGCGGGGACCCCCCGAGGACACAGGCACAGAGAGCGACGGCACCGAACACGAUUACGAGACCGUCGAUGGCAACAUGCAAAAGAUAAUUCACAAAAUGCAGACGAUUUUUCCUUUCUAGUCCUCAUUUCUGGAAGCCACCCAGCCUCCAAACACUGUGAGACCCCGCAUGACAUUGGUAGUUACUUGCAAAGGCUAAAUAAACUGCUUCAAUCUUGCAGAAGGGUGACCACUCCUCAAGGGCAAGCAGCCCACACACCUCUGGGAUGCCCGUGGCUCAGAAUAAAUCCCCGUUGUGCUGUGGGCUGUCCCCUCAGCUGUCACCCGUGGGACUCUCCAGCAGCACCAGACCAGCACACAGAUGGGUGGCCACCAAGAUGUCACUGAGAUGCAGAGGACAUGGAUCUCACUGUGCUCCACCACAUUACAGCACCUGAGUUGGGAUUGCCAGUGCUUUCAGAUGGGACAUGCUUUGGGGCCAGCAUGUCCAGGCAGUAUUUGGCAUGUGGAGUGGGAUGAGGCUGACAUGACAAGGUACCUCACACAGGGCAGGUGAUGACCCAGCUGGGGCUCAAACCAGCGAGUGACAUAUUUUUACAAUUGCAUGUCAGAAAUCCAAUUUCACAAGGCAUUUUUCUAAAGCACAGCCAAAACCACUCCUCACUCUGCAAUAAUUUCUCACCAACGUUGUAGAAACAUUGUAAAACCACUGUGGCUUCAGGUUUUGCUGGCUUUGGCUUUCUCAUCCUUUUUUAGCUGCACUUGCAAUGGGCAGCAACAGACCUGCACAGUUCCUUCCUGAUUGUUCCACUCCUGCAGCUUUUUGGCACCUACAAAGGCCCCUGCUGCACUGAUGGCAUUGGAUGCAAAAAACAUUACCUGAAAACAAAAUGCACCAAAGUUCAGUUGUUCCUUCCUGCAAGUUUGGCAAAGCCCUGGGAAAUUGGCAGAGACAAAGACCUCACAGUCCUGAUGUGCAUUAGGGAAAAAAGCUGACAAGGGGAGCUUCGCACUGAGAGCAAGCAGGUGUUGCACUCCUGCAUCACAAACUGUGCUCCUCUUCUUUCAAAUAAGAGCAGUAAAGUUAAUUUUUAAAUAUAA